AUGCACCAGAUUCUAGAACUGCCGAUUUCCGUGAAGGAUGUCCAGCCCAAGAGCCGAGUCCGUAUUCGGGUUGCCCCUUUGCUCGGUGCUGGCCACGCGUUUGUACCGAUCUCAAGCAUGUUCUACCUCUUAAUGGCAAUCCUCACAGACUAUGAGGGAAGCACGUACACCAAGUGCACGAGGCUGAACGUGUUUCCAUCCCUGUCGGCAGUGGCCAGGUCCCAGCACACUGGCUGGCAGCUAACCUGCUGCAUGAACUUGCCGUUAGGUCUGCUGACCGGCUGGCUUUACUUUCGCUACUAUCGACGAAUUCUUCCGCGCCAGGUGCGCUCCUUUGGCUGCCUGGUGGCUUUGCUAAUCGUGCAGAAUUCAUUCAGUUUUUUUCUGUGGGGCAUAUAUCCGAAUAUUGCGGGCGAAUCGACGCUUCACAGAGCGGUGGCCAUCUCUCUGUUCGUCUCUGGUGCCAUCCUGCUGGCCGGAUCCUUUUUUUGCCACAAAUACUAUAUCUGCGAGGGCAAGGAGUCCCAGCAGCAGCUGCCCUACAGGCUGAAGUGCAAGCUGGUCGUGACCUACUUCGCCGCUGUUCCCAUCAUGUGGUUCUGCUACUUCCUUCACGAGCAGUUCUGUUUUCCCUUUGCCUAUUCGUUGUUUGGAAUCUGUGAGUUCGUCAACAUUUGCACCACUUUCCUCUUCAUGUCCACCUCCUACUUCGACUUCUACAAUGUCCACAUCUGCCACGACCAACGACUGGGCUUCUUCCUCAGCGAAUUCUGAUUUGGAUGUAUUUAACAAGUCUUACUAAAUAUUGUACA